AUGGGGUUAGCAUCUUCGACUCUUCUAGAGUCCUUCAUGGAAGGAACAAACUUUGACCGUGAGGAAAUCGACAGACUAAGGAAACGGUUUAUGAAACUCGACAGCGAUGGAAGUGGAGCGAUCGACAAGAACGAGUUCCUUGCCAUUCCUGGUAUUUCUUCAAACCCUCUUUCCAGCAGAUUGAUGGAUGUUUUUGAUGAAGAUCACGACGGAACUAUAGACUUUCAGGAGUUUAUUACAGGGUUGUCUGCUUUCAGUGGUAAGUCAUCCCGUGCUGAUAAACUUCGGUUUGCAUUCAAGAUAUACGAUAUUGACAGAGACGGAUAUAUUGGCAAUGGUGAGCUUUUCAUCGUGAUGAAAAUGAUGGUGGGCAAGAACCUACAGGAUGAAGAACUACAACAAAUUGUCGACAAGACGAUCCUGGAGGCAGAUGCGGAUGGGGAUGGACGUCUAAGUUUUGAAGAGUUUCAAAAUGCCGUAGACUCCACUUCAGUGGCAUCGGCGUUGACUUUGAACAAUAUUUAA